CUUGAAUGUGAUCGUGGUGGUGAGCACCAGAGUACAGCAACACUUAGAAAAGCUGGAAGCAAAAAAACCGGUUGCCCGUUUUACCUGCUGGCUGUCCGAAACCACCCGUAUGAAACCUGGGAGAUAAAAGACGGAACAAUUGAACAUAACCACGAACUUUGUGAGGACCUGUCGGCCCACGCGUUUGUGCGAAGGUUUACUCCAAGCGAAAUGAAACUGAUCGAGCAGCUGACAGCUCAAAACAUGGAGCCGCGCAAAAUAUUUCAAACGAUAAGGAAGCAGGACCCCGACAGGUUUCAUGUUCAGAAAGACGUUCAAAACGUUGUAGCGAAGAUUAGAGCCGAACAAAGACAAGGAUUGACUCCCAUGCAGUCACUAGAAAAUGUGCUGAUGAAGAACGACUUUAUUUACGAGAUCCGGGAAGAACCCGGAACAGAGAUCGUAACAGAGAUCUUCUUUCUUCAUCGGGACUCGAGAGUCUUGUGGCGUGCAUUCCCCCACGUCAUGAUGAUCGAUGCAACGUACAAGACAAACAUAUACAAUAUGCCCUUUAUCCAGAUUGUUGGUAUGACGCCUACCAACAAAUCGUUUAUUAUCGCGCAUGCCGUUGUUAGUAAAGAACGGGGUGAUAACUUUGUGUGGGUGCUUGAGAGGGUUAAGGCAAUGUUGGAUGAAUGUAUGGAGCCACGUGUGAUUUUAACGGAUAGAGACCUAGCCCUUAUGGGCGCGUGUGCUAAAGUAUUUCCAGACGCCUCCAGGCUUCUUUGCAGGUGGCACAUACAACAGAAUGUUAUGAAGCACUGCAAGGGUGCCUUCACAGACGACGACUGGAAGACAUUUUUGUCAUUCUGGGGUUCAUUGAUUGAGUCUCCAUCCAUACCCAUCUACGACUACCACUUGCGCAACAUGCGAAAGCGACUUGUGGAGUGCAAACGUUCUAGAGUCUUCAAAUACGUGUACGAUAACUGGCUAAAAGACUACAAGGAGAUGUUUGUCUUUGCGUGGACUGAUAAGAGGCGCAACUUUGGUAAUCGUACUUCAAAUACGUGUACGAUAACUGGCUAA